AUGACUAUGCCAACAACACAAUUUCAAGUAAUGAAUUCUCCAACUCAAAAUCCAAUAGCUGGAACUCAUUUACAUACACCAUCAUCAAUAUUUAAUCACAUGAUGGCUCAACAAAAUAUCCCUCAUGAACCGGGAUCUUGGAAUCAAAUGCCACAAGUCCCUCCCAUGUAUAUGCCUUGGAGUGUACCGAAUCUUCAACCGGCUCAAUUGAUGAGAUUUACUGGAGAAAAACCACCUGUAUAUCCUCCUCCAUUACAUCAUAAAAGGAAAAUAGAAGUUCCAGAUAUUCCAGAUACGAGACCAACAAAACAAUUUAUUUCAGAAGAAAAAAUGGCAGCUCACUUCAGGGAUAUGCAUAUCAGCACAAAUUACAGUUCUACACCUCUGACAACAGCAUCUACAAGUUAUAACAUUCAGCCUCAACCAUCAACUAGUAGUCAAUUAGAUAUAAAUGUAGACACAUCUCCAGCCGCUUUAGAAAAUGGAAAAAGUAUGCAUCCAAAACUUGUGAUAUCUGAAGAACUCAAACGAAUUCAACAGGAACCUAUACUUCCGGCUUCUCUAUUAUCUAAAUUGGAGCGGCCCUCCAUGGCUCUAGUGCUUUGGGAACCACCGAGUAAACAUCUCAGAAUGUUACGACCACAUACGGAGUCAGUUCAAAUCAACGCUCCAUCAGAGGACAAUGACAAUAACAACAACAACAACAACAACAACAAUAGGAGUAGUAGUACUAAUGAUAAUAAUAAUAAUAUUGCGAGUGACAAUAAUAUUAUUCAGAACAACAACAAUCAACUAAUGCCUGAUUUAAAUCAAAUGAGCGCUAUUCAGCAAAAUGAUGUUGAGUUUGAACCCAUGGAUGUGUGAACUUAUUUCAUGUUGCGUACUACUUGUUUUAAUUUUCAGUGCAAACAAUCGAAAGUAAAAAAGUACAUUAGAAUAGAUAUUUUUUUUGUUAUUGAAUUUUGUCUCAUAAUUUUUUUUCAUUUCCAACAAUUUUCAUUUUAUCACAUAAUAUAUUUUCAUUUUUUUUAUUAUCAUGAACAUGAUAAUAUUGAACUAUUAAAACUAUAUUAUGAAUCUAAAUAAUUUAGUACUAUAUAGUUGUAUACGAGUAUGAUAAUCAGGUGUAAAGCAUAGUUAUUUAGUAAUUUUAUUAUAUUCAAAAGGCUGAGUGUGUCUGAAACAAACAUUAAUGUGUGUAAAAGAUACUGUGUUCUUGCUGUUGGAAAAAGCAAUGUUUAUUACAUUUGGAAGGUGAAUGAUAUAAAUUUUCCGUCUUGUAUAUACAAUAAAUGAUUUUUCAUUAAAAA